AUGGCCGCCCUCCAGCAGACGCUCGGAACACCAUUAGCCAUGGCAGAGUCCCCAUUCGCCAAUGCCACGGCCCGUGAAAGCGGCAUGGUUUCUGCUGCGGCGGCCGCGCUUCAGCAGUCCCCGACCCGGUACACCGUCUCAGCUCUGCUUUUCAGCGUCCUCGUCUACCUCUACAGAAGAUCAAUUCCGGUACUUGACGCAAAAGAGCCGCCGUUGAUGCUUCCCCGGAUCCCGUUCGUCGGCCACCUCAUUGGUCUUAUCAAGAACCAGGCGGAGUACUACACAGAUCUUCGCAACACGACCGAAGCUGCGAUUGCGACCCUGCCCAUGCUCGGCGGCAAGACAUAUGCCAUCUGGGAUCCCGCCCUUGCUCAGUCUGCUCUGCGGCAAAAGACUCUCAGCUUCGAGCCGUUUCUGGUCGACUUCUCACAAACCAUGCUUGGGAUGAAAGAGGAGUCUUACGAGGCUUUUCGGGAGAUGCCCGAGCUCGUGGCAGAGUUCUUCGACACCCUGCAUGUGACUGUUCGCGGCGAGCCGCUGCGCCGCAUGAAUUUAAACGCCCUCAAGUACAUCUCGUCCCGGCUAGACGGCGCCAAGGGAGAGAAACAGAUGCCCAUGCCCAACCUCUACCUCUGGCUGCGCGAGCUGAUGACCUCGGCGACCACCACCGCUCUCCUGGGCCGUAAAAACCCGUUCCUCCAUCGCCCCGAGCUGGUCGACGACUUGUGGACGUGGGAGAACGCCAUCCCCACCAUGCUCAUCACCCCCUACCACUCCGUCACCAGCGCAGCGGCUUUCCGCGCCCGCGAGAAGCUUCAGAAGGAACUGGCAAGAUACUACGCCGCCCGCUGUGACGAGGACGACACCGCGGCUGCCGUGACGCGGGAGCGUGCGGCGGUCCUCCGAAAAUACGGCUUCCCCGACGAUGAGAUCGGCAAGUUCGAAGCCGGACUGCUCCAGCUGGCGACGAGCAACACCAUCCCCACCACCUUCUGGAUGGUGGCCAACAUCCUGGCGCGGCCCGACCUCGUCGCGCGUCUCCGGGAGGAGCUGGACCCCCUCGUCCGGCGCACGCAGGACGUCGCCGCCGUCAACGUCGUUGCGCUCGACGAAGCGUCCCCCCUGCUCGCCAGCUGCUACCGCGAGUCGAUCCGGCUGUCCAACCACGCCCUGUGCGUCCGCCGCGUCGUGGAGGACACGACCGUCUCCGACGGCCGAGGCGAGUCCUACGUCCUGAAGAAGGGGUCCGACGUCCACAUCCCGGGGGGAUACACCCACCGCGCCGAGGACGUCUGGGGCGCCAACGCCGCCGAGUACGACGCCGACCGCUUUGCCAACCGCCGCGGGAAGCUCUCCGCCCACGCCCAGGCCGAGAAGAACAAGAGGGCGGCUUACAUUCCCUUUGGCGGCGGCAGGCACCUCUGUCCCGGCCGCAACUUUGCCUCCGCCGAGAUCCUCGGCAUCACCGCCGCCCUCGUCCUGGCCUUUGACAUGUCGGCUGAUGGGCGCGGUUGCCCCCCGCGGUUGCCCCCCAUGGCAAGCACCACCAUUAUGGGCGGCGCGUCCAAGCCCGAGAGGCAGGGCGAGGGUACGAGCCUCGUCAUGCAGAGGCGACCUGGGUGGGAGGCCGUCACUUUCGAAUUCGAGCUCGUGGGCAGCUAG